AUCCCCUAAAAAAAGUUUCGGACCAAUGACAGCGGAGCGAAUUUUGCCCAUCUCGCAGCACUUGGUUGACGAGUAGCAACAUUCGCAAAAAUGAGGGCAGUCGGGUCAUUGAGAUGGCUCAAUUGCCAUCUCGUCUCAGAAAACUCUCGAUCUGGUCUCAGUGCACAGGCUUUUCAGAUUGGUGCUGUUUCGCUGCGCAUCAGCGCAAAGCGCAACUUUAGCCAUGCCCCUGCCAGAUUCGCCAGCGCCGCUCAGGAGGCUUUGAAGAAGGCACAGGAAGAUGCUGCCGGUCUGACCCCCGAGGCCGUCGCCGCCAACAUGUCCCCCGAGGAGGCGAGCCGACUGUCUCGAGUUCGCAACAUUGGUAUCGCUGCCCAUAUUGACAGUGGCAAGACGACUGUCACCGAGCGCGUCCUCUUCUACACUGGCCGAAUCAGCGCGAUCCACGAAGUGCGAGGAAAGGACUCUGUCGGAGCCAAGAUGGACUCCAUGGAUCUUGAGAGAGAAAAGGGUAUUACCAUCCAGUCUGCUGCUACCUUUGCGGACUGGAAGAAGACCGAGAAUGGAAAGGAGGAGACGUACCACAUCAACUUGAUUGAUACCCCUGGCCAUAUCGACUUUACCAUUGAGGUCGAGCGUGCUCUUCGCGUUCUCGAUGGUGCUGUCAUGAUUCUUUGCGCCGUCAGCGGUGUCCAGUCCCAGACCAUCACCGUCGAUCGUCAGAUGAAACGUUAUGAUGUCCCCAGAAUCUCCUUUGUCAACAAGAUGGACCGCAUGGGCGCCAACCCCUGGAAGGCCGUUGAGCAGAUUAACACGAAGCUCAAGAUGCCCGCUGCCGCUAUCCAGAUCCCCAUUGGUACCGAGGACGAAUUCGCCGGUGUUGUUGACCUGAUUGAGAUGAAGGCCAUGUACUUUGAAGGUGCCCGUGGUCUCAAGAUCCGCACGACCGACCAGAUCCCCGGCAACUUGCAGGCCGAGGCCGCUGAGAGACGCCAGAUCCUUAUCGAGAAGCUUGCCGAUGUCGAUGACGAAAUGGCCGAGAUCUUCCUUGAUGAGCAGGAGCCCACCAAGGAGCAGAUCAAGGCUGCUAUCCGCCGCGCUACCAUUGCUCGCAAGUUCAGUCCCGUCCUGAUGGGCUCUGCCUUGGCCGACAAGGCUGUCCAGCCCAUGCUCGAUGCCGUCUGUGACUACCUCCCCAACCCUUCACAGAUUGAAAACAUGGCUCUGGACAAGUCCAAGGGCGAACAGCCCGUCAGCCUCGUCCCCUACAACUCGCUCCCCUUUGUCGGUCUUGCCUUCAAGCUCGAAGAGAACAACUACGGCCAGCUUACCUACAUGCGUGUCUACCAGGGUACUCUCUCCAAGGGCACUUACCUGUACAACUCGCGCAACGACAAGAAGGUCCGCAUUCCCCGUAUCGUCCGCAUGCACUCCAAUGAGAUGGAGGAUGUUGCUGAGGUUGGCGCUGGCGAGAUUUGCGCCGUUUUCGGUGUCGACUGCGCCUCUGGUGAUACCUUUACCGACGGUGGCCUCCCCUACACCAUGUCUUCCAUGUUCGUUCCCGACGCUGUCAUGUCGCUCUCCAUCCAGCCCAAGCGCUCUGGCGAUGCCGACAACUUUUCCAAGGCUAUGAACCGAUUCCAGCGUGAAGAUCCCACUUUCCGUGUCCACGUCGAUGCUGAGAGUGAAGAGACCAUUAUCUCCGGUAUGGGUGAAUUGCACUUGGAAGUGUACGUUGAGCGUCUCCGCCGUGAGUACAAGGUCGAGUGUGUCACUGGCCAGCCUCGUGUCGCUUACAGAGAGACUAUUGCCCACCGCUCCGACUUUGACUACCUCUUCAAGCGCCAGAGCGGUGGUCCUGGUGACUUUGCCCGUGUUGCUGGCUGGAUCGAGCCGAACGAGGAGGGCGAGGACAACCACUACGAGUCCCAGGUCAUUGGUGGCAGCAUUCCCGACAAGUUCCUUACUGCCUGUUCCAAGGGUUUCGAGGCUGUUUGCGAAAAGGGUCCUCUCUUGGGCCACAAGGUCAUUGGCACCAAGAUGGUUAUCAACGAUGGUGCUACUCACGUUACCGAUUCUUCCGAUCACGCCUUCAACCUUGCUACCCAGAUGGCUUUCAAGAAGGCCUUUGAGACGGCCGGCGGCCAGGUCCUCGAGCCCUUGAUGAAGACUGUCAUCACCGCUCCCAACGAGUUCCAGGGCAGCAUUCUCAUGCUGAUGAACAAGCGCAAUGCCACCAUCAACGACACUGAAAUCGGCACCGAGGACUUCACUCUUACUGCCGACUGCAGCUUGAACGCCAUGUUCGGCUUCAGCUCCCAGCUUCGCGCCGCCACUCAGGGCAAGGGCGAGUUCAGCAUGGAAUUCAGCCACUAUGCCCCUGCUCCUCCUCAUCUGCAGAAGGAGUUGAUUGCCAAGCACAACGCUGAGCUUGAGGCCAAGCGCAGCAAGUAAAGACAUGUAACUUGUUAACUAACCACCAUUGGGAUUUGAUAUUUUUUCGGCGAUGCUUGGGUUUCGCAUUUGUAUUAGUAAACGCCGAGGACGAGACAAGACUCGCCGCGCCCACUCAACUCUACUAGAGAGAAAGAAAAAGUUUGGUUUAUUAGAGGGUGUGCAUUAUCAAGGACUGCAUGCUAUGCAAAUGGAUGUAGAAUAUUUAGAGUCACUUAAGAAUGGCCUGGGCUGGAGACUGUAUAUCAAUACAAUUUCUGUUUUUUUAUUCAUCUUGCUUUUUUGAUUCUUCAAAACCCACAGAUACGAUAUGCCUGAAUGAAUUGUACAUCGGUCUAUGGUGCUAGGGGGUAUUUGUGAAAGAUUUAGUAGUAGUCAGAUUUUACAACUUGUUCAGUAUGUCCUGGACAACCUCCUCGGUGGUGGCCUUGCCGCCCAAGUCAGGGCUGAGGAGCUUGCCCUCCUCAAGGUUGGCAUCGACGGCAGCGUAGAUCUUGGCAGCGGCAGCAGGUUCGUUGAGGAAUUCCAGCAUGAGAGCAGCACUGCGGAUAGUGGCGAUGGGGUUGGCAAUGUUCUUGCCCUGGAUGUCAGGAGCGCUGCCGUGGCAGGGCUCACCGAUAGCGAAGCCCUCUCCAACGUUGGCAGAGGGGACGAGACCGAGACUGCCAACGAGAGCAGCAGCACCAUCAGACAGAAUAUCGCCGUACAGGUUGGGGGCAACAAUGACAUCGUAGUCCUCAGGCUGGCGGAAGAGCUUGUAGACCAUGGAGUCGACAAUCUGCUCCUCGACAGCGACAGAGACAUACUUGGGGUCAGCAAGAGCGCGCUUAGAGACCUCGCGGAAGAGACCGUCGGUCUGAGAGAGAACGUUGGACUUGUGGGUGAUGGUGACGAGGGGCUUGGCGUGGAUGCUGGCGUUGCCUGCCUCGCGGAGCUUCUGGCGGCGGACGGCAAUGUCACCGGCCAUAGCGGCAAUGCGGAAGGUAGCCUUCUCAGAGAUGCGCUUGAUGGCCUCAGCGACUCUGCCCUCGGGGGUCUCAAUCGUAGUCUCCUGCUUGACGUAGAGAUCCUCGGUGUUCUCGCGGACAAUGACCAUGUCGAUGGGCUUGGCAGCCGUCAGGACGGUCUUGACGGGGCGGACGUUGGCAUAGAGAUCGAGACGCUUGCGGAGAGCGACAAUGGGGGACGAGUAGCCCUUGACGGCGUGGGUAGGCGAGCUGACGGCGCCAAAGAGCGCGCCCUGGCAUUCGUUCUUGAGUGUCUCGACCGUGGCGUCGGGGAGAGCGGUGCCGGUCUGCUCAAAGGUCUCGAAGCCGGCCUUGAGGUCGACAAAGUCGAACUUGAGGUUGAGGAAGGAGGGGAGUGCUUCGAGGACGCGGCGACCGGCGGGAAUCACUUCCUUGCCGAUGCCAUCACCAGGGAUGAGGC